AAUGAAUUUGGCAUCACGGGUAAAGACUUGUGAUAAUGAAAAAUGAAUAUUGCGUUUUGUUUUGAUUGAAAAGAAAGUAAACAACAGUUUGUUGGUUUCUUAAAUUACUUUUUUUCUUUCAGUUUUCAAUAAACGGAAAAAUCUGAUAUUCACAAUUAAUUUCUAUUUUCUUAAGUGUAAAGAAAUUUGACUUGUUACAGGUUGAAAAUUUAAGAAGAUGCCUUUACUGUACUCAGUUGUUGCCCAUGGAACAUCAGUUUUAGCCAAAUAUGCCAAAUGUGUUGGUAACUUCUCUGAAGUGACAGACCAGGUGCUUGCCAGAAUAUCACCUGAGCAGCCAAAAUUAACCUAUUCUCAUGGAAGCUACUUAUUCCAUUACAUUUAUGAAGAGGAAAUGAUUUAUCUGUGUAUUACUGAUGAUGACUUUGAUCGUUCUCGAGCAUUUGCUUUCCUAGUAGAAAUCAAAAGAAGAUUUAAAAAUGCGUAUGGAAAUAGAGCCAUUACUUCAUUCCCUUAUGCUUUAAACACUGAGUUUUCAAGAGUUUUAUCAGCUCAAAUGAAACAUUUCUCUGAUAGUCGUGAUGUUGAUAAACUGACAAAAGUUCAAGGGGAAAUAGAUGACCUGAAAGAAAUUAUGGUUCAGAAUAUUGAAAAUGUGGCUAAUAGAGGCGAAAAGCUCGAGUUGCUUGUAGCCCAAACUGAUAAUUUAAAUUCUGCGUCAGUUACUUUUAGGAAGACUAGCAAAAAUUUAGCUCGUUCCAUGUGUAUUAAGAAUGUGAAAAUAACAGUGAUUACUAUUAUUGUUUUUUUGGUUAUAUUGUACAUAAUUGUAUCAGCAUCUUGUGGUGGACUGAGUUGGCCAAACUGUGUUUAAAAAUAAGCUUUUUGAUCAAAAUAAGAACUGUUUAUUACUGUCCUUGUAUAUAUAAGCAUUUUAUAUAGAGUAUGAAAUAUAUGCAAAAAUAGAAAAUCUAAGUUUUUAAAGUUAAGAAGGGUUUAUCUAUUUUUGCUCAAAAGAAUCUUUCAUUAUUGUAUAUGGAUAAUAAUAAUAUGUAAGUUUACUGCAGCUUAGCGAAAAUUUUUCAAUGUGAAUCAUUAUAUAAUUUGCAUACUAAUUAUCAUAACUGAUAUUCUCAAACGAAGUUUAAGUUUUUACACUUCAGCUUCAUGUUAGCAAUCAUGAAGCUGAUUUUAAAUUAUGAUUGCAUUAUUUUUAAAAUUUUGUAGUUUACCAAUUUUAUACGAGCAGUUUUAUUUUUGUAUCUUUAACCCUCUGAGCAUUAGUCACAGCUUUUUUUAAACUUUCAGAUGUUUCUGUGUCAAAAAAUUGGUUUCUCCAUGUUAUUGAAUCAGAAAAAAAUGCACAACAGGAAAAUUUCUAUGCUAUUUCAUCUAGGGGAUCAACCCCUUGGAGGGUUAAAAAAAAAAAAGCUUGCGGAUCAUUAUCUAAUCGGGUUUGCAUAUGAAACUAAUUUUUAUACUUUCGUUAACGAUGCAUACUUACUUUUAUUCUCUAUUCAGGUUUAAAACCAGGGAAGCUUUGGUUCAUUACCUUAGCAUAUGAAGUAAUUAGUCUUAUGUGCCUGGAACGGUCAAAUGUCUCAAAUUAGUUGCCCAGAGUUAGUAAAAAGAAUUAAAAGCAUGCAAAAAAAAUUUCUUAUUAAAUUACUUCCGUAUUUUUAAAAAAAAUUUAGCUUUUUUAAUUAAUAUAAGGCAUAAAUAAUAGCUAUUUUUGAUUAAAAUUGAACACUGAAAUGCAUAUUUUGUUUGUAUGACAUAAAUUACUCUGAAUGCAUUGAAAGCGAUUAAUAAACUAAAUGCAGAACUGUUUUAUACCGGUUUUUAAAACUAGAAACACAUGAAUCUCCAAAAUUGUGCAGAACUUUGUUUAUAGUGUAUAUUAUAUUACAGAAAUGCUUUGUAAUAACUAAUGAUUUAAUAAAUGCUGUACUGUC